AUGGGUCAGACUCUCAGUGAGCCCGUUGUCGAGAAGACAUCGGACAAUGGCCAGGACAACAGGCUCAUCUACGGCGUGUCCGCCAUGCAAGGUUGGCGCAUCAGCAUGGAGGAUGCCCACACCACCGUCCUAGAUCUCCUCGCCUCCAACGCCGAUGCCUGCAAGAACCACCCCCAACGGCUGUCCUUCUUCGGCGUUUUCGACGGCCACGGCGGCGACAAGGUCGCCCUCUUCACAGGCGAGAACAUCCACAACAUCAUCGCAAAGCAGGAUACGUUCAAGGCGGGCAACUAUGAGCAGGCGCUCAAGGAUGGCUUCCUCGCCACCGACCGCGCAAUACUCAACGACCCCAAAUAUGAGGAGGAGGUUUCUGGCUGCACAGCCUGUGUCGGUCUCCUCACAGAUGACAAAAUCUAUGUUGCAAAUGCCGGAGAUUCCAGGAGUGUUUUGGGUGUCAAGGGCCGCGCGAAGCCGCUGUCCUUCGACCACAAGCCCCAAAAUGAAGGCGAGAAGGCAAGAAUCACCGCCGCUGGUGGCUUCGUCGACUUUGGACGGGUCAACGGCAACCUCGCUCUCUCCAGAGCCAUCGGCGACUUCGAGUUCAAGAAGAGCGCCGAGCUUGCUCCCGAGCAACAGAUCGUGACCGCCUACCCCGACGUUGUGGUACAUGACCUCUCUGACGACGACGAGUUCCUGGUGAUUGCAUGUGACGGUAUCUGGGAUUGCCAGUCCUCCCAAGCCGUCACCGAGUUUGUGCGCCGUGGCAUCGCUGCCAAGCAGGACCUGGACAAGAUCUGCGAGAACAUGAUGGACAACUGCUUGGCCUCUAACUCGGAGACCGGCGGAGUUGGCUGUGACAACAUGACCAUGAUCAUAAUCGGUUUCCUGCGGGGCCGAACCAAGGAGGAAUGGUAUGAGGAGGUUUCUAAGCGGGUCGGCAAUGGCGAUGGACCCUGCGCUCCUCCCGAGUACGCCGAGUUUCGAGGCCCCGGUGUCCACCACAGCUUUGAUGACAAUGACAGUGGCAAUGACUACGACAACGAGUCUUCUAACAAGGGCAAGUCUUUUGGCAUUGGCGGUUACCGCGGCCGAAUAAUCUUCCUCGGCGAUGGCACGGAAGUGCUGACCGACUCAGACGAUACCGAGAUGUUCGACAACUCUGAAGAGGACAAGGACCUGGCAAGUCAGGUGUCCAAGAAAUCCACGUCCAGCGAUGACAAUGGCCACGAGGUCAUAGGCAGCCCCGUCACCCCCGAGAAACUCGACCCCAAAUUCGAUCUGAACCAGAAGGCGAGCGGGAGCGGCGCCGGCACUGAUGGCAACUCCAGCUCGGAGACCGCGAAAGAGGGUGGCCAGGACCCCAAGACUGCUGCGAAGAAGGAGUCCUAG